AUGUCGUCGAUUCUUCGGUCGGAAGAGAUGUGCCUAGCACAGCUCUUCUUGCAGUCCGAUGCCGCUUAUUCCUGCAUUUCUGAGCUUGGCGAACUUGCGCAAGUUUGUUCCAGAACUUCGCCGCUGCGACGAGAUGGAAAGAAAACUUCGCUACUUGGAAGAAGAGCUUCAAAAGCCGAUAUUCCGGUCAUCGACAACAAUGAGAGUCCCGAAGCUCCCUUGCCUAAGGAAACGCUUCCUUUGGAAAACGACCUGGAACAGCUGGAGAAGCAGAUGCGCGAAGUCUCGCAGAAUCAAGAACAGCUAAAUAAGAACUUUUCUGAAUUGACGGAGCUCAAGCACGUUCUCCGAAAAACCCAGAGCUUUUUCGAAGAAGCCCAAGACUUCGCAGCGCAACGACCGGGCGCUGUCGAUCCCGAAACUGGCGAAGAAGAAAGAAUUCGGUUACUGAACAGCACUGGACAUGAGGAGAUGUCUACCAAUCCUCUUCGACUUGGAUUCAUUGCUGGAGUCAUUGUCCGAGAGCGCAUUCCGCUCUUUGAACGAAUACUCUGGCGAGCCUGCCGAGGAAAUGUAUUUUUGCGUCACAUCGAAAUCGAUACACCCCUGAAAGACCCUGUUACUGGACAUGAAGUUCACAAGUCCGUGUUUAUCAUCUUUUACCAAGGUGAACAGCUCAGAAGCCGAACAAAGAAAAUCUGCGAGUCGCUCAAAGCCUCGAUCUAUCCCUGCCCGGAAAACCCUCAAGAGCGCCGCGAAGUCGCUAUGAAUGUCAUGACCCGUAUCCAAGACCUCGAUCAAGUUCUGAAAACGACGAACGAGCAGCGAAAUCGCAUCCUCGCCCAGGUCGCGCGAAACAUUCGAGUCUGGUUCAUCAAGGUUCGAAAAGUCGCUGCAAUUUACCACUCGCUGAAUAUGUUCUCCGUUGAUCUUGGUCAACGAUGCCUGAUUGGCGAAAUCUGGUGCCCAGUGGCUGAGAUUGAUCGGAUACAACUAGCCCUGCGUCGUGGAACUGAGCGCUGCGGAGCUUCUGUCAACUCCAUUCUUCACCGAAUCAAGACGAACAUGACCCCUCCGACGUAUUUCCGCACGGACAAAUUCACCACCGGUUUCCAGGCCAUCAUCGAAGCCUAUGGCGUCGCUGACUACCGCGAAAUUAACCCUGCUUUCUUUACCAUCAUCUCGUUCCCGUUCCUCUACGGAGUUAUGUUCGGUGAUAUGGGCCACGGAAUCAUCAUGGCUUUGGUCGCUGCAUUCAUGUGUUGGAAGGAAAAUGAAAUCGGGCGGAAAAAGGACUUGAACGAAAUGAUCGAGAUCUUGUUUAGCGGACGCUAUAUCAUUCUGCUCAUGGGCUUGUUCUCUACCUACGCCGGUUUUAUCUACAACGAUAUUUUCUCCAAAUCUUUGAAUAUCUUCGGCUCUUACUGGACUGUCAGUGACCAACCGGGCAUAGAAGAUUGGCUGAAAACUGCUCCCGCUGAAUCUACGAUCCAAUUGAACCCGAACUACACCUCUGACGGCCCGUAUCCUUAUGGAAUGGACCCGAUCUGGCAGCUUUCUAGCAAUAAGAUCGUCUUCAUCGACUCGUUCAAGAUGAAGGGCUCCGUUAUCUUGGGAGUCACUCACAUGUGCUUUGGCUUGGUUCUUUCUUACUUUAACCACAAGCACUUCAACGAUCACGUGACGAUCAUUUGGGAGUGGAUUCCUCGAUGUCUCUUCAUGGGCUGCAUCUUCGUCUAUCUCUGCUUGACUAUCUUCAUCAAGUGGAUAUUCUGGGAUGCAACGACUUCUGGCAGUGCUCCUUCUUUGUUGAUCAAUCUUAUUGGCAUGUUCAUGUUGAAGACUCCAACAAAGGAUGAUAACACAUGGGUCUACGGUUCCCUAAAUGCUGACGGAGAAGCGACGGCGCAAGGAUUGGUUCAGAAGUUCUUGCUUUUCAUCGCCUUUGCCAGCUUGCCAGUUAUGCUCUGUGCCAAGCCGUACAUCAAGUACAAGGAGUGGAAGGACCGACGAAACCGGAGCACGGCCAAUUUUGGCGGAGUCCGAGUUGAAAUCGAAGGCAACGACGAUACAGAAGGAAUCCUCGACGGAGACGAGCUUGCGCGUGAAAACACUCAAGAACAGCCUCAAGAAGAAGUUGAAGAGUUCGAUAUCGGCGGAAUGGCGAUUCUGCAGAUUAUUCACACGAUCGAAUUCGCGCUUGGUUGCAUUUCGCACACUGCUUCUUACCUUCGUCUCUGGGCCCUGUCCUUGGCUCACGCUGAGUUGUCGGAAGUCCUUUGGAACAUGGUUUUGAAAAUGGGUCUUUCUAUGUCUAGCUCUGGCUCUGUCGGUGCGAUCAUGAGCUAUUUGGUCUUCUGGGCUUUCGCAUGUCUCUCUGUUGGUAUUCUCAUUUGCAUGGAAGGUCUUUCUGCAUUCUUGCACGCGAUGCGUCUCCACUGGGUCGAGUUCAACGACAAGUUCUACCACGGAGAAGGAAUCAUCUUCAAACCCUUCUACUUCCAGUCAAUUUUGUCCGACAUCGAUGGUGGAUCAAUAAGAUGCGAAAAUAAUGAGUGCUCUCUAACUUGCAAUGAAAAUCAUAUUCUCGAGGGAAGAGAGACUUCCAGAUGCAUCUAUCUUCGAGGCUUUAAUCGCUGGGAACUGAAAAGAGAGCUAGGAACUUGCGAGGCCAUACGACGAAAACAGGACGGCCUCGAUUGCGAUGAAUUCUCGAUCAGCCAUGAAUUCAGAGUCAACUACAAGCAUGGCAAGAACGGAAGAAGCAGGGCAAUUAUAAAAUGCACAAACAAUCAGCCGGUCAAAAUGAAAGGCGAAAUCUACCCUCGCAUUUAUGCUGCGUGUUUUUGCAAGCAUUCCUUGUGCCAGUGGACUUUCCGGGCGCAAGACUGGAAGUACGAGAGGGAGAAUAAGUAUGAACGAGAUCAUGAUAUUUUGGAAAUAAGCCUCGCCGAGUUGAACCUGAAAUGCAUGCCUUCCUUUGAGCCACUGGAGAAUCAAAUUAAAUCAAAUCUGACGACAUGUUCUGCAAGAGAAAAUGAAACCGGCGAGCGAAAACAUCUGAGAAUCGUAAAUGGCGAAAAAGCUAGCGUAAAAACUUGGCCGGGUUUUGCUUACUUGAGAUUCUGUGGAGCUACUGUUAUUUCCCAUGAAUGGAUCGCUACAGCUGCUCAUUGUCUCGACUAUAAUUUUUUAUAUGACUUUCAUAACCUUGAAAUCGAAAUUGAAACUCCAAAUAAUACGCUAGUCAAUAUAACCACAGAGAGAAUUUUUCUUCAUCCUGACAUGAGCAUCAAAAGAACCAUGAAAGCGUUGAUCAAGAUUCCGUCAGUCGAAGAAUAUGGUAUUCAAUAUCCAUGCUUGUCGGACAUUAAAAAAUUAAACCACGGGAAAGCCUGUUGGACUGCUGGACGAGGCUCGCUGUAUGAAAAAGGCGAUGGUGCUUUUCAGGAAUUUCAAUCAGUUGGAGUAAAUAUCAUGAGCAGAAAUUAUGUGGAGUUGAAGACAGAGCCGAUGACAGCGUUCAUGAACAGUGACGUUUAUAAACAUGAUUUUAACAUUUAUGCGGGGAUGCCAGAUCUGGAUAAUGAUGGACUGCUCGACGGAAAAAUUGAUAGCUGCCAAGGCGAUUCUGGUGGACCUCUCAUCUGUGAUGUGGAUGGACAUGCAACUCUAGUCGGCGUUGUAUCGAGAGGUAUCGGCUGUGGAAGAGAAGGACAAGCGGGUGUUUAUACCAGCAUUGGUCAGAGUUUGUCCUGGAUUCAAAAGACUAUCAAAAACUUCAAGAAAAAAUCUAAUGAAUAA